AUGGUGUUCUCCUCACUCCCGAUCUUCCUAGACCCUCCCAGUUGGGGCCAGAUGCAGAUGCAGCAGCAGCAGCCACCACUCCAGUGUCUCCUCGGUGGCGGCGGUGGCAGCGACCACCACCACCUCAUGCCUCCGCCGUCCGGCCUGGCGCCGCUUCCUGGAGGUCCCGCUGACACAGCGGCGAGCGCUCCGGCGGGAGGCGGCUCGUCCACCUCGGUGCAGACCGUGGCGGGAGCGGGGGAGGGGGCGGCGCAGCCUCGCCCCGUCGUGUCGAUGGCGGAGCGCGCACGGCUCGCGCGCGUGCCGCUCCCGGAGCCCGGCACGCUCCGCUGCCCGCGCUGCGACUCCACCAACACCAAGUUCUGCUACUUCAACAACUACUCGCUCUCGCAGCCGCGCCACUUCUGCAAGGCGUGCCGCCGCUACUGGACCCGCGGCGGCGCGCUCCGCAGCGUGCCCGUCGGCGGCGGGUGCAGGCGCAACACCAAGCGCUCCAGCAAGAAGUCGUCCCGCGGCGGCCAGGGCGGCGGCGCGGGCGCCACGGCGGCCACCUCGUCGUCCUCCACCACCUCCACCUCCACCACGGCCACCACCACCACCGCCACCACCACGAGCGCGGCCAUGGCGGCGGCCGAGGCCAUCGCCAGCAUGCAAGCGCAGCUGCCCCACCUCGGCCUCCCGCCCGCAGCGGCUGCCGCCGCGCUGGAGGCCUCGCUGGAGGGCUACCACCACUACCUCCCGCUCCAGAUGCAUCCGCAGUUCCUGCAGCAGGCUGGCCUGCACGGCUACCAUUUCGCCGACGACGGCACCGGCGUCCUCGCAGACGGGUUCCCGAGGGGCGUCGUCGCCUCGGGGCUGCUCGCGCAGCUCGCGGCGGUGAAGAUGGAGGAGCACAGCAGCAACGGCGGAGGUGCCGUCGCAGCGUACCAUGAGCAGUCGUACUGGCCCGGCAGCACCGGCGGUGGCAGUGGGUGGCCGGCGGAGUUCUUUUCGGGGUUCAGCUCGUCGUCGUCGGGGAAUGUGUUGUGA